AUGACGCGACAACUCCCCUGGGACCGUAAUGCACUGGAACGGACGGCAACCAAGAAGAAACAGACCGCAUCCACACCUCGGAAAGCCGUGACACCAAUCCGGUCCGCAUCUCGGGCAGCAGCGGUUGCAUCACCGCUUGAGCACUCGAACCGUAAACCGGCCCGUUCAAAUGGCUUCCUCGGGGGCAGAAGCCCUUCAACCUCAUCACCGCCAGAACCUCUUCCAGAGACUUUCAUGAUAGAUGGUCUCGAUAACGACGACAAGUACCGCAUGGUCGAGGACGAGCUCGUCACCAUCGCGGGACAAUUCACAGCGCACCUGCACGCGGCAGAAUACCAGCGCCUCAAAGCCCAAACGCGCACGCAAAACGCCGAGACGAUCAAGACCAUCUCCCGCCCCGUCGUCGGGUCCCUGACCGAGCUCGCGCGCAAACGCCAGGAGGAGCUGCUCCGGAAGAAGAAGCAGCGCGAGGCACUACGCCGCGCAAAGAGGGAGGCCGGCAGGGAUGACGAGGAGAGCGGGGACGAGAUGGGCGUGCCAUGGCGGGGCACGUCGCUGCAGGGGCUCAUGCAUAGCCCCAAGAAGAAGGAGGUGCCGCUGAUGGCGCUCACGAGGGCGGGUUCGGGCGCGAGGACCUCGGCUUCGAGUUUGUUUGGGGGUGUGGUGAGGUCUUCUCAGAGCAAGAAACCGGCAGCAUCGGCAAUGAAGAGUACGCUAGAGGAUGAGGCGACGACGGAAGAUGAGAGUGAUGAUCUUGGAGGGCCCGUCAAAACUCCGGUCAAGAGGGAGAUUGGUCAUAGCCGACCUGCAAGACCGGCUUAUCCAUCAGAAGCCUUUGCAAAGGUGCAGAGCCCAUUUAUUAAUCAGCAACAAACGAUGCCCGCAAGUAGCAAACGACUACCAGAUACUAGAGCGCCUCCAAAAAGUCGUGGGUCUUUGGGAACAGCGGCAACAAAACCGAGUUCAUCGACAAGAGCAACUACCAAAACGCCACCCGGUAACCAUGAGGAUGACGAAGACGAAGAUGAUGACCUGUUUACUAGAUUCAAGAAUCGACGAGCGAACUCUAGGCCUCAACGGCGGGCUCCAGAGAAGAAGGAGAAACUAGACUCAAAGGGAACUGAAGACAUCAUUCCAUCAUUCAUAUGA